GUAAACAUAACCUAGAAAAAACAAAAACAAGUGUGAAUGUUGAUUUUGUUCAUUUUGUUGCACCUUUGCGAAGUUUAGAUUAGAAUAAAAUUGAUAAUAUUCCAAUAAUAUAUUCAAUUUCUCAAUUUUAAAAUGAACCAGCUACCGAGCAGUUGUCAAGGAAAAGAUGUUUUUGAACGCAUGAAUUUUCUGUAUCAAGCGAGUCAAAGCGUCAUUAAUAAGAAUCUUGCUCUGGCUUCACACUAUAAUUCCCUAAUGAUUGGAUGUGCUAAAAAAGCCGUUCUUCGAAUGGAACCCGGCAUAAAAAGAACCAUGUGCAAAGCCUGCCAAUCCCCUCUCGUUCCUGGGAAAACGGCGAGAGUGCGAUUGGUAUCAAAGCCAGUAAAAGCUGUAAAAUGGACCUGUCUAGCCUGUGGUAGUAGCAGAAAAUUUCCCACGAAGGAAGGAUAUAGACUCUGGUGGGAUCAACCGGAAGCUGUACGCUGUGUCUUCGAUUACACGCCAAAGCCUCAAAAAGAAUCAUUUAAGUCGGGGAUUGAAUCUUCUGCAUCCACCUCGAAACAAGAAAUCGAGAUAGUAGAUUCGUCAAAAAAGAAGAAAAAUGUCGACAAAAGUUCAACUCCAGGUCCGUCUUAGAUACAAAUUUCUAGUUUCAUUUUUUAUGUAACUUAGAAUCUCUGUGAUAUUAGAUUUUUCAUCGGUUUUUUUAAAUAAAUAGCAUAUGGAUUAUGAUAGAAUCUGUUUUUAAGUCAAUUAGAUAUUUAAGCACGGUGUCUACUUAUCUGGAAAACCUGGAAGUGUCUGGGCAUUUUUUUUUAAAUCCAGAAAGUUUUUCGAGAGCGUGUCUAAUUUCUUUCUUAAACUGUAAUAUAAAGUUAAAUCAUUUUUAUCAUUUGUAAAAGUAACUGUAUUAUCAUUAUUAUUCCUCUUGGUUUGCAAA